AAAAACCAAAAGAAGUAGCUAUAGAUCAUUAAAAGAGAAACCCUAGCUACCCACCACUUCUCUCCAAUUUUUCAAUCAACUUGGCCCUAAUUCCCCACACCCAUUUCAGCUUAUAUAUCCAAUAUUUUUUUCAGACACCCAUGUAAAAUGUUUUCUCAUGUCUUGGAAGAAAAACAAGACAUCUCCCUGAUUUCAUUCCUAUGAUUAUUCCCAUGUCAAUUUCAGUACCUUUUUCUCUGAGCUAAUUUUCAGUCCACUGUCUGGUUUUGCUGCUCUGAUGGAGAUGGAAGAGCCCAAACGCUGCUGGAUGAUGUGGGAAAACAAGAAGAAGACCAUCAAGAGGAAUUUGACGGCCGGUAGUUCUGAUCAUCACUUUGAUCAAUCAAAAGCUUCUUCGUCUUUCGACGAUUCGUGGGAGGAACAAGCUUUCGCGGAGGACACCGCCGGGCAUCUCAGUGGCAGUGGCUGCGUUUGGCCGCCAAGAUCCUACUCCUGCAGCUUUUGCAAGAGGGAAUUCCGAUCUGCUCAAGCGCUCGGCGGUCACAUGAAUGUUCACCGCCGUGACCGGGCGAGAUUAAAGCAUGAAUCUUUCAAACCCCAGAUUGAAACCCAUCAAAUUCCCCCACAAAACAACCCCUUUCCCUUUACCCCAUCUUCUGAAACGGUAUGCGAUGAUAAUUUGGUCGGCUACAAUAACCCUAACCCUAGAUCUUCAUCUUCUUCUUUCCUCUCAGUCUUGCCCACGCAAAACGUGGAAAAAUCUGAUCUUACCCCAAUAACCCUCAAUAAAUUUCAUCAAAGUUCAGAGCUUUCCAAAAAAGCAAGUGAUCUCAUGGACAAUAUCGAUGCAGUUUGUUGCAAGAGAAAGAGAACAGAUGCGGCCUCGACGGUGGCUUUCAUUUUUCGAUCAGAGGUACUUGGACUCAGCCAUGGCUCCGUCGAGGACUUGGAUCUUGAGCUCAGGCUCGGUGGCGGUGGCAGUGGCGGCCGGCCAAAGCCAAAGCUAAAAUAAAAAUUGCACCGCCGUGAAUUUUAUCUAUAGUUUGCUUCGCUGUUGUUUAUUUUCCUUUUGGAUUCCUUUCUGGUUCUUUUUUUUCUUCUUCUGAUGUCAGUUCUUCACUGGGCUUCUUCUUUCGAAUACCUCUUCUACCAGCAAGUUUGUAGCAAAAUUUAACAAUAUUGAUCACUACAAGCUAAGGGGAUUGAAAAAAUUUGGAAACUUUCUUGCUAAUUUUCAAUAAAAUGCCCAUAUAGAUAUAUACAUUUGUAAA